UGAGUAUUGAGAUUGCGGAGCUGGUAACACUUAUACAUACACGUUUCUCCUCUUAUCGAGCAUUAUCCCUUUCUCUCCAUUCUCCAUAUUCUUUUUCUAUAAUAUCCUUUCCCCCAUUAUUUUGGCCUGCAUUCUCUCUCUCUCUCACCCCAACAUUAGUAGCACCAGAAGGAUCACAAGCACAAUGAUUCGAAUGUACGUUCCCACUUUAAGGAAAUUGCUUCUUCCAGCUGCUUCUGCUUCUUCCAAGAUCGGAACUUACAAAUGCUUUGCUUCUCAGCCCUGCCCUCUUCCAAGUCCCAAUCCAAGUUACAGUGGUGAGGAGUAUGCUGACGUGGACUGGGACAGUCUUGGAUUUGGAUUGAUGCCCACUGAUUAUAUGUACAUUAGUAAAUGCUCUGAGGGACAAAAUUUUGGACAUGGACAACUCACUCGUUAUGGAAACAUUGAACUUAGCCCAUCAGCUGGUGUCCUAAAUUAUGGCCAGGGAUUAUUCGAAGGCACGAAAGCAUACAGAAAAGAAAAUGGGGGGUUGCUGCUGUUCCGUCCCGAAGAAAAUGCAAUUCGCAUGCAGAAUGGCGCGGAAAGAAUGUGCAUGGCAUCCCCUUCCAUCGAUCAAUUUGUGGAUGCUUUGAAGCAAACGGUCUUGGCUAAUAAGCGUUGGGUUCCUCCAGCGGGUAAAGGGUCCCUGUACCUUAGGCCUCUGCUCUUAGGAACUGGUCCAGUUUUGGGGUUGGCUCCCGCACCUGAAUACACGUUCCUCAUAUUUGCUUCCCCUGUUCGCAACUAUUUUAAGGAGGGUUCGGCUCCGCUCAACUUGUACGUGGAGGAGAACUUUGACCGUGCUUCUCGUCGCGGCACUGGAAACGUCAAAACCAUUUCCAAUUAUGCCCCCGUCUUGAUGGCACAAAUUAAUGCCAAGAGAAGAGGAUUUUCGGAUGUGCUAUACCUUGAUUCAGUCACCAAGAAAAAUCUCGAGGAGGUCUCUUCUUGUAACAUUUUUAUUGCCAAGGGCAAAUGCAUCUCAACACCCGCUACUAAUGGAACUAUUCUGUCCGGGAUUACUAGAAAAAGUGUCAUUGAAAUAGCUCGUGAUCAUGGCUAUGAGGUGGAAGAGCAUGCUGUUGGCGUUGAUGAAGUUUUCUGCACUGGAACUGCGGUCGGUGUUGCUCCCGUAGGGACUAUCACAUACAGGGAUACAAGGAUGGAAUAUAAAACAGGUUCUGGAUCCAUUUGUCAGGAGCUGCACAAUACCAUUUCAGGAAUUCAAACGGGUAUUAUUGAAGAUAAGAAGGGAUGGAUCGUUGAAGUUGACUAGUUGUGUGUUUGGUUUGGAAAGAGGGUGAAAUCUACCAAGCACGCAAGCUAUAUUCGUUAACUUCAAAGAGAAGCUAAAAAAUCACAUCAAUAACUUGUAACUAAGUGUAUGCAUGUUUGGAAUUGUUUAUUUCAAUGUUAUUAAAUAAAUUUUAUAAAAAAAUUAUUUAUCAAUAAA